CAUUCUUCCCGCUACCUGCAAGCUGCUGCAGCUGUACCUUCAGUAACUAGCCAGUAGCCAGAGAGAAAUAGAGAGAGAGAAAGGGGAAAGCAGGCUUCUUUCUCUUCCUCUUUUGUCAAAUUUCUUCUCCACUCUUCACAGUACCUUCCUCCUACCAGUACAGCAUUGAGAGAAAACCAAAAAUGGCGUCCUCAAGAAGUGUAAGGAAGCGGAGGACCGAUGCUGCCGAGGCAAAGAGCGUUGAACCCCGUUCCGGGAGAAAGAAGAUAGAAAAAACGACGAAAACACCAAACCCGAAGAAGGAAGCGCCAAAAAAGCAAGGUGGAGACGAAGAAGGGCCUCGCAGGAGAUCGAGUAGGCUGCAAUGCACUCCCAACCCUCCUCCCUCUGCUUCGCUGAGAAAGAAACCCAACAUUCAGGUGUCCUUCCCAGACAUCACUCCCAGAUCCUCAAACCGCAAAUCAAGUCCCAUCCUCACCCCUGGCAUGCUUGGCUUGGCUGCUUCCAAAAGGGUGAAGGAACCUGAAAAGGUUGUUCAUCAGCAAGAACCUUACUACGAUGCUCCUGCUCAACUGUCACAAUCAGAUGAGGAAGAUUCCAGCAGCCCAUCUCCAGGACAGAGAUAUCGGGAUAUCAUUGACGACAUUGCUGCAUCCGUGCGUCCUCAACUAUUUGGAGCUGGAAUUGGUUCUAUGAGGGAUGAAACAGUGGUACCUGGUAGUGGGAUCUUUGCUCCAGCUCCAAGUUUACCAGCAGUGUAUAGCGAAAAAAUGCCAGUUGAAAACGGUAUUACUCUGAAGAAUUUGCUGCUCGGAGAUGGAGAGCCCUCCAACCUGAUGGAAGGAUCUAGAGUGAACUCCACAAGUGCUUUACAUGUACAAUCAAUGGAGGAAGAAAACUCUCACAAUGGAACUGGCCAAGUUGUGGUCAAUGCCAAAGAGGUCUCUUAUGCAGCAGAGGAUUCUGGUCAAUGCCUUAGUUUUGGGUUGACUCAGAUGGAAGAUAUGUUCGCUGAUGAGGUUGAUAGACUUGAUGAGGUGGAUUGUCCUGCAUUUGUGACAGUUGGUCGAUAUAGGGUGAAGGAAUCAUGUGCUCCGGUUCUGCGAACUAUCAUCAGAAAAUAUGGAGAUAUCGCGGCCAAUUACACUCUCAAAUCACCAGAAAACCGCGCUCGUGCCUUGGAAACAGUUUGUGAAUGUUUCCCUUCAUUCCAGACCAAAAAGCUUAAUGAGGUUGACCCAACGAAUGUUGGUAAAGCACUUGAUGUCCUUAAUGACUUGAGAGAGGCAGGGUUGGAUAUUGGCUGGAUUUGUGAGAGGUUGGAGCAGAUUGUAAAAGCGAAGCAGGUGCUGAAACAGGCUUCUGAGAUGAGACAAGCGAAGGAUAAAUGGAGUGAGCUCUACGGGGAGAAGCAAUGGCAUUUGAAGGAGAUAGAGAGAGACAACGAACUGCUGAAACGAAAGCUGGAGGAGAAGGAAAGUGAGAUGGAGGAGGAGGCAAGACAGCUUGAGGAGCAGAGAAGAAAAGUUGAUGAGAAGGGAAGAGAGAAAGAUGAGCUUGAGAGACAAAUGAUGGAGGGAGAAGAGAAGUUCAAGUCUGCAAAAGCGGGAGUGCAGGAUGCAUUUCGCGAGUUCCAGCAGGUGCAGGAGAGGAUACGUGAUGCCAAGACUACAGUGAGGUCCUUGGCUGCUUGUUAUGUCAUGGAUGGACUUCUAUGAGGACUUUGGUCUGGGACGGGGAACUCAAGAACACUUUCAUUUAUCUAAUUGCUUUCUGCUUACUUAAUAGUCAUUGACAAGUAGAAUGUUAACUCUAGGAGGCAGUGUUAAAAAGUCUGGAUAUCUGAGGGUUUACAGAAACUGCCAUGAGCCCAUGAGCGCCAGUGAACGCACCUGCAGACUUCUGAUCUCCAUCCAAUUUACAAACUUGGAGAGGAGAUUUGCAGUCUGGGAAUGUUUCUUUUGAAUCCAGACUUUGAUUCUGUAUUCUAUUCUGUUACGACUUGGCUUAAUUUGGUUGGGCAUUGUAGAGUGAGUGAAGGUGGCAGGAAUUGUUUAUGGAUUUGGUUUCGUCAUCAUUUGAACUUGUAGGGAAUGGGAUGGAUAUACUCUGUUUUAACUGGUUCCUCCAUCCAAGUAUGGGAAUUGAUAACUGCGUACGAAAUGCAUCAGAUAAUUGCAGAACAGAACUACUUAUUGAAGUGCAGAUAGAAAUGA